GUAUAAUAACACAAAAUCGUGAUAAUUUUUAAGGUUAUAAAUAUGUUUAGAAAAUUAAGAAUCAAGUAUUUCACGUCUGUAUACGCUAAUUACACAACAAGAGUAGCUGUAGAUCCUAGUCUAAAAGACAAUUUUGAUGCAAAAGUGUUCAAACCUCGUAAACAUCCGGGAACAAAUCGAAUUAAAAUCGCUGCUAUUCCACCAGAUAUUCAAAAGGCUAUAAAAUUGAUUCUGGACGAUGCAGGGGCCAAAGCUUACUACCAGGAGAGCAUAAAACUCAGCAACUACAUCCGCUCACGUCAUUUACCACCAGAAGAGGGCGAAAUCGACGAAAAAGCUCAAAAGUUUCAUAACGCUAUUUCAAAACAAGUUUAUUCCAGUAUUGACAGAGAAUUAUCACCAGAAGAGGCAGAAGUAUGCGAAAAGAAGAUACAGAAUAAGGUUUUUAGUGCUUUAAAGAAGAAUGUAUACCGCUGGGGUAAUAUAGCGUACGAUAAACCGACCUCUUUACAGUAUUUAAUGAGUAGAGCGGCUCCAGAAUAUGCUGUCUUAUUACGAAUAUUAGACGAAAUAAAAAAGUUCAACCCAGACUAUAAACCUCGAAGUUUCUUCGACUUCGGUUCCGGAGUAGGAACUGGUACCUGGGCAGUGAACCAUUUCUGGAAAAAUGAUAUUUUCGAAUACUUUUGCGUUGAUACAUCACCAACCAUGCAUGAUCUGGCCCGUCUCAUCCUCUGCCACGGUAGGGACAAUGUAGAAAUGCCUUUGAAAGGAUUUUUCCAACGUCAGUUCCUUCCAGCAUCGUCAGAUCUGAAAUACAGUAUUGUUCUAUCAGCAUACUCAUUAUUUGAAUUACCCAGCUUAAAAUCUAGACUAGAAACAAUACAAAAAUUAUGGAAUAAAACUGAAGACUACUUAAUAAUUGUCGAACACGGUUCUAACGCUGGGUUCCAAGCAGUGAAUGAAGCUAGAGAAUUUGUUCUCAACUUAAAAGGAAAGAAAGGGAAGGAAGGUUACGCAUUCUCUCCGUGUCCGAAUGACAACAUCUGUCCUCGUUACUUGGAACAUGAAUCACCAUGUAACUUUCUGAUGAAGUACGAAUCAUUACCAUAUGCAGGUAAAGCGGAGGUCUUCGCAGAUUUAUUUUCUUAUGUUAUAUUGAAGAAAGGAGUCCGUUCUCCGGAUGAUCCGCAGUGGCCCAGGAUAGUCAGAGCUCCUAUAGUUCGGUCAAAACAUACUAUUUGUAAGCUUUGCACUGCGCAAGGGGAAUUAAAAGAAGUUAUAUUUUCUAAAGCAAAGUAUGAUCAGACUACAUAUAGAUGUGCGAGGUCAUGUAAUUGGGGAGAUUUGUUGCCAGUAAAAUAAAUUGUUACAAUAA